AUUCAUUUCUAAAAUAUCUAAUCUAUUAAAACAGAAGUACAAAUAUCUAAUCUAUUAAAUGCUUAAAAUUUACUUAAAAUAGGAAAGGACAAUAAUUACUUAAAUGCAGGUUUAUUUGAAUCUUAAUGUCAUUGGAUUGUAAAUAUUGUGCAAGUUUAAGGGUUAGUUUAUAUUUGUACUUCUGUUUUAAUAGAUUAGAUAUUUCAAAUAUUUAUAAAAUAUUUUUUUAAUCAUUUCUAAAAUAUCUAAUCUAUUAAAACAGAAGUACAAAUAUCUAAUCUAUUAAAUGCUUAAAAUUUACUUAAAAUAGGAAAGGACAAUAAUUACUUAAAUGCAGGUUUAUUUGAAUCUUAGUGUCAUUGGAUUGUAAAUAUUGUGCAAGUUUAAGGGUUAGUUUAUAUUUGUACUUCUGUUUUAAUAGAUUAGAUGCAAUAGAUUAAAAAUUUAAAAUAAUCUCUAGCUUUACCUUUUUGUCUAUGCUUCAGAUAAAACAAGAAGAAACUCUGUUUUCUAUUUACAGAAGAAAAAACAUGAGGAGCUCCUUGAUGGUGGAGAAAGAUGCAAGAAUUGAGGUAGAGAGAGAAGAAAGAGAUGACUUGGAAGAGACGCAAAACGAACCAGAUGAUUUCAACUCAAUUCCACCAUGGAAGAGUCAAAUCACUUUCAGAGGGAUCGUUGCAAGCUUGAUCAUUGGUAUUAUCUACAAUCUGAUCGUGAUGAAGCUAAACCUAACCACAGGUUUGAUCCCCACCCUAAACGUCUCUGCAGCACUUUCAGCAUUCGUGUUGCUUAGAAGCUGGACAAAGCUACUCACAAAGGCAGGGAUUAUGACUAAACCGUUCACUAAACAAGAGAACACUGUGGUGCAAACAUGUGCUGUUGCAUGUUACAGCGUUACAAUAGGAGGUGGGUUUGGUUCGUACCUUCUUAGUUUGAACACAAGGACUUAUGAACAGUCAGGAGUUCACACUGAGGGGAAUAGUCCGGGAAGCACAAAAGAGCCAGGGAUUGGUUGGAUGACUUGUUUCUUGUUCUUUACUUGCUUUGUUGGUCUUUUGGCACUGGUUCCUUUAAGAAAGGUACUCCAAACCCGUAAUUGUUUCAAUCUCCAUAAAACUCAGCUCAAAUGGUACUUCAUUGUAGUAGCUUACAUGAUAGCUCCAUCUCUAGGUUUCAGUAACGCCUAUGGAGCAGGACUAACAGACAUGAACAUGGCUUAUAACUAUGGUAAAGUCGCUCUCUUCAUCUUAGCCGCAAUGUCAGGGAAACAAAACGGUGUCGUUGCAGGACUCGUCGGAUGCGGGUUGAUAAAAUCGAUCGUCUCGAUAUCUUCCGACCUAAUGCACGAUUUCAAGACAGGACAUUUGACGUUGACUUCACCGCGGUCGAUGCUUGUCAGCCAAGCAAUCGGGACGGGGAUCGGCUGCAUCGUGGCUCCUCUCUCAUUCUUUCUGUUUUACAAAGCCUUCGAUGUCGGAAACCCUGAGGGAGAGUAUAAAGCUCCUUACGCUUUGGUUUACAGAAACAUGGCGAUUCUUGGAGUUGAAGGUUUCUCUGCUUUGCCUCUGCAUUGUUUACAGCUUUGCUAUGGAUUCUUCGCGUUUGCGGUGGCGGCGGACGUCGUUAGGGAUCUGUCGCCGGAGAAGGUUGGGAAGUGGGUCCCACUGCCGAUGGCUAUGGCGGUUCCGUUUCUUGUCGGAGGGUAUUUUGCUGUGGAUAUGUGUGUUGGGAGUUUGAUAGUGUUUGUGUGGAACAUGAGGGAUAGAGUUAAAGCCGGUUUGAUGGUACCGGCGGUUGCUUCCGGUUUGAUAUGUGGAGAUGGUCUUUGGAUUUUGCCGUCGUCGAUUCUUGCUUUGGCCGGAGUGAAACCUCCGAUAUGUAUGAGAUUCGUGCCGAGUAAAUAGUUAGGUUUAAUAGCCAAACAAAUGCUUAGGUCAUAUAUAUAGGGAAUCAUAAAUGUGUAUUACAAUAAAGACGUCCUAAAUAAAUUGUUCACAUUUGCAUCUGCAAAUUGCAAAAAAAAAAUAACAAAAAAUAAAUAGAGUCUAGUUUAUUUUAAAAUAUUGACAUACAAAUAGAGAUAUUUAAAGUUUUGGAAAAAUCAUAAUAAGUUCGAUACUUUUUCUUCAGUGUGCCAACGAAUUUAUGUUAGAAUUUGGAUUUUAAAUCUGAUCCGUAAAAAUGAUAUGAACAGAAAAGAAAAAGAAAGGAUAUGUCUCCAAAUAAUCUCUUCAAUCAAUUGCGCCCAGCUAGUGAAAUUGAGUGAAGAUAAAGAUGAGUGACUUUUACUUUUGAAUUUUAUGAGCCUAUGCAUAUUUGAUAUGUUUUUAUUAGUUUCUCAGUUUAUUUUGUUUUGUUUCAAUUGAAACACUCAUGUGAAUAUUUUUGGGAAUUUUAGCAAAAAAAAAAAUAUAUAUAUUUUUGGGAAAGAAGCUUGAUCAAUAAAGCUUUUUUUCCUUCAUGUAAGCUUUUUUGGUUGCAAGUUGUAUAAUUAUUCUAAUAAGUUAACCUAUUCAAAUAUUAGAAUUUCAUGGGGUGAGUGAACUGAUCAAUUGAAACAACUGAUCAACAUGUAUUGAGUCAUGCAAAGUAGAUAAAUAUGGAGUUGAUUCAAACGAGUCGAGUUAUAUGUGACAUCCUUGUAUAAUUUGGAUCAAACAAAUUUAUAAACAAAAAGAGUUAUUUGAAAUAUUUCUAAUAGAGAGAAAUGUAUUCUUAUAGUUACUUUGUGUGUUUAUUAUUUUCACUGAAUCUCAAUCACACAAAAGAAAAACAAGAGUCAAAACAUGCAACUUCAAAGAAAAACAAUACUCCUUCCGUUUCGAAUUAUUUGUCUUACUCGAAAAAAUUUUUUGUCACAAAAUAAGUGUAGUUUUA